AUGGUGGUCUAAUGUGUGCAGAAGGACUGCUCUGCCUUCUAUGUGAGCAGCGAGAAGCAGUUGCCCUUUCCUUCCUUUCAGUCUAAGUCCUCAGUAGGGCACGUUGGGGCAGGGCCUCCUUUAAAGAUGUUGUGAGUGAGUCAGCUCAGGAGCAUGUCCCAUAUAUGAUGACAUGGCCCUUUGUUGCCCUGUGCUACCCUCAGCCUCCCAGAAGGUGGGCUCCAGGACUGGAUCUACCCAGCCCUGUCCAAAAUAGGCCUCUCAGGGUGUUCAGUGGUGAGGAAACUUAGGCUCUGGGUGCCUUGCUUGUGUGGAUACAGAGAGCUGGGAGGCUUUGCAUGUAGGCAUACUGCAGAUGUGAAUUGGGACUCUGAGGGGUUUACACGGUGCACUCCUUCCCCUGGCGAGGUAUUGGUGGACAUGGCUCCUGACUGUCUUGAGGAGAACUGUCAUUUUGGGAAUUCUGCUAGAGCCUGGCAGCUAAAUUCCUUUCUAUCCCCUGGUGAACUUCUUUCACAGGCUUGUUUCUGGUAUCCUGCCCUGUUGGAACAUGACAGCCAGGCUCAGAAUGGCCCCUUGAAGAGUGGGUGACUGUGUCCUGGACUUUGCUGUGGAAUGCCUGCAGCCUCACUGCAGACAGACAUCACUGCCUAUCCUCCCUCCUGUCUCUGUGAGGGUUAACAGCACUUCAGCUUGUUGUCUGGAACCGGUUCAGACUAGUUUUCUGGAAAGUGCUUUGUCUCUCAGACUGAAUCCUGGGAAGGGUCAUGUGUAGCCCAGUGAUGUCAUGGGAUCAAAAACUGACUCAGCUGUUUUUUUCUUCUUUAAAUCAAGAUAUGUUUGUGUUGCAGGUACAGGGUGCUGGCAUGGUGACAGGGCAGGCCUCACCCUACUCAAAGUUUACCUCACCAGAAGUCAAAGGGUUAAAAGUUAUCCCCACUCCUUACCCCUCUGGGAUGAGGAGGCCACUCUUACUGAAGGGGAGAAGAGUCAAGGGUCAGCCUAAGUUUUUGAAGUGUAGGACUGGACCUGGGUAGUGACCUUGCUCCUGGGACAGCAUGAUUCCCUUUCCUGGAUUCCAGACACCUCCAGGGAGUUCAGUUUUCCUCUGUUUGCUUUGAGUCUGAAGUAUCAACAAUUCCCCUUCUUUCUGAUGAACAGCCUUCUUCCAUUGUUUCUCUCCAGGUCCCUGAGGUCUCAGCUCCCCAGAUGCUCCACCACUCCUGUUCCAGCCUUCCCCAGGGCAAUGAAGAAAUGUCCCAGGCACACUUUGUGGGCCCUGUGUUUGUGUGCCUACUUCUGUCAUUGUCACGUGAUGAGGAAAAUAUUCCAGGCUGACACUGAAAAGAAGGUAGUAACUCUGUUAUGCAAAGUUUAAAUGUCUUUGUUUUCCUCUUCCCCAGAGUUCAGAAUGACCGAAGAAGCAUGCCGGACACGGAGUCAGAAACGAGCGCUUGAACAAGAUCCAGCAGAGGAUGAUGUGGAGAGCAAGAAAAUAAAAAUGGAGAGAGGGUUGUUGGCUUCAGAUUUAAAUACUGAUGGAGACAUGGGAGUGAUGCCCGAGCCAGGAGGCCCAGUCCAAGGAUUGCUGAGUGGGGCCGAGGCGACGGCCAUUGGUAGAGGAGAAGAGCAGGCAGGUGAUGGGCCUGUGGACAUGCGCACCUCACACAGUGACAUGAAAUCCGAGAAGAGAGCCCCCUCGCCUGAUGUGAUUGUGCUGUCUGACAAUGAGCAGCCCAUGAGUCCUCGGGUGAAUGGGCUUCCAAAGGAGGCCUUGCAGGAGACAAGCACCGAGGACCUUAUGAAAAGCAGUCCUGAAGAACGAGAAAGGAUGAUUAAGCAGCUGAAAGAAGAGUUACGGUUAGAAGAAGCAAAACUCGUUUUAUUGAAAAAGUUGCGGCAGAGUCAAAUACAAAAGGAAACCACCGCCCAGAAGCCCACAGGCUCCACUGGGAGCACCGUGACCACCCCUCCCCCGCUCGUGCGGGGCACCCAGAACAUUCCUUCCGGGAAGCCAUCACUUCAGACCUCUUCGACUCGAAUGCCUGGUAGUGUCAUCCCACCACCCCUCGUCCGUGGUGGGCAGCAGGUGUCCUCGAAGCUGGGGCCGCAGGCGAGCUCACAGGUCGUCAUGCCCCCACUCGUCAGGGGGGCCCAGCAAAUCCACAACAUCAGACAACAUUCCAGCACGGGGCCACCUCCACUACUCCUGGCCCCCCGGGCAUCUGUGCCCAAUGUGCAAAUUCAGGGACAGAGGAUCAUCCAGCAGGGCCUUAUCCGUGUCGCCAAUGUCCCCAACACCAGUCUGCUCGUCAACAUCCCGCAGCCAUCCCCAGCCUCACUGAAAGGAACGACAGUCACCUCUGCUCAGGGCAACUCCACCCCCACCAGCGUGACUUCCGUGGUCACAUCUGGUGAUUCUCCAGCCAGCCGGCAGGCGGCUGCCAAGCUCGCACUGCGCAAACAGCUGGAGAAGACGCUGCUUGAAAUCCCCCCGCCCAAACCCCCUGCCCCAGAGAUGAACUUCCUGCCCAGUGCUGCCAACAACGAAUUCAUCUACCUGGUUGGCCUAGAGGAGGUGGUACAGAACCUACUGGAGACGCAAGCAGGCAGGAUGUCAGCUGCCGUCGUGCUGUCCCGGGAGCCCUACAUGUGUGCACAGUGCAAGACAGACUUCACGUGUCGCUGGCGGGAGGAGAAGGGUGGUGCCAUCAUGUGUGAGAACUGCAUGGCUUCCAACCAGAAGAAGGCGCUCAAGGUGGAGCACACGAGCAGGCUGAAGGCAGCCUUCGUGAAAGCACUGCAGCAGGAACAGGAAAUUGAGCAGCGCCUUCUGCAGCAGGGUGCAGCUCCUGUGCAGGCCAAAGCUGAUCCCGCCACUGCCCCGCAUCCUACUCUGAAGCAGGCCUCCAGCCAGCUGUCCCGGGGCUCGGCCACGACGCCCCGAGGUGUCCUGCACACGUUCAGCCAGUCGCCCAAACUGCAGAAUGCAGCUUCAGCCACAGCUCUCGUCAGCAGGACCGGCAGACAUUCCGAGAGAGCCGUUAGUUCUGGCAAGGGCAACACCACCUCCAACUGGAAGAAGGCACCCCUGAGUACAGGUGGCGCCCUUGCAUUUGUUGGCCCGAGCUUGGCAGUGCACAAGACCUCUUCAGCCGUGGACCGCCAGCGGGAGUACCUCCUGGACAUGAUCCCGCCACGCUCCAUCCCCCAGUCGGCCACAUGGAAAUAAUGCGAGCCGGCCCAGUGGAGAACAGGCUCCCUCCUCCCUCCUACCUGGCCCGCUGCCCUCUGCUCGCUGGGGAAGACACCCUGCUCCCCAAAAGAGCGAGCGAGUGUCUGCCACACUGCGGAAGCAAGAGCUCCCUCUGUUCUUGGCUGCAAAGUCUUAUUGUGGCUGGAGGGCCGCUUCACAGGUGGAUGAGGAUGAUUAUCACUGGGGGACCUUUCCCAUGGGCUUUCCUCCUUUCUUUGCCUUUAGUUUGCCCAACACCAGCAGAAAAUUGAACCUCGGGGGCUGGUUCUGCUCCCGCCCUCCUCUUCAGCCCCCUCAGGGCACAUGGGUGGCCUGGACACUGUGACACACUCGGGCAAGACCGGAGCUCGGGGCUUCUGAAGUUGAGUGGACCGUUGUUUUGUUUUUGCUUUUUUCCCCGUCUUAGCCUCCUAAUCUUUGACUGCCUUCCUUCACGGCAAUCUCUAGGUUGACAAAUUUUUAAUCACCUCAUGAUGAUGGAGUUUAAAGUAAACCAUGCAGACCCAGGGGUUCCUGCCGAGCAUGGCCCCCAUGCCCCAGAGGAUGGGCCACUGACUGACCAGCCCUUGUUUGCUCCAGCAGAAGGCCUAUACUGCUGCUCGUCGAGGAAACCCCCAACCUCCCACACUUAGCAGAAGAACAAACUGCAACCCAGACCCAGCCAGAGCGCUUGGGAUCCUGAAGGCCUUGCUGCUGCCCUUGGAGAAGGGAGGAGAAAUGGCAGCAACAUACAGAGCCUGAGCAGGAAGUUGGAGGGGCGGGCUAUUGUGUUUUUUUGUUGUUGUGGUUUAUUUUAUUAAAUUUUUCCUUUUCUUUUCCUACUUAUUUUGAUGGACAACAUCCUAAGCUGCCCCGGCCUGUACUCACAUCAGGUGUGUCAGGUGGGGAGAUGCCCCUGCCCCCUACAGACUUUAGGGUUUCCAUUUGGGUCUAGCUUAGAACCUUCCCUUAAAGGAGGGCCAUGCUGCCAGUGUUCGCCUUCAGACUUUUUUUUAAACCCUCUUUAAGAGUCUACAGAAAUGUCUUACAAAGGGAUCAGGUCUGCUCUUAGUUGUUUCAUUUUGGUUUCUCCCACUCCUUAAAAAUCAAUUCCAUGAGGCAAGGCAGAAGAUGUCAUGUGUGCACUGCACACAGGGCCAGCUCCAUGCACAUGGGAGGGCAUCCCAUAUGUGUGCACAUGUGUGUGUUGAUGUGGAGACGGGGUACACCGCUCCCACUUCAGCCCCUGCCCUGGUUUUCUUGUCCAUGCAGUUAGGGACUUAAUUUAAAAUCCUUAUUUUAUAGGGCUGCCUACUUUGAACACACUGCUUCAACAUUCUAAUAAAGGCUCAUUUAACCCCCUCA